GAGACCGUCAACCAGUAUCAUGCUGAAAUUCCAUCAACAUUGCAUGAGGUCUACCAUCGUCGUCCCUACCCUUGCGUACUUUUACUGGCACCAUCUUAGCCUAAGUAGCAUGCUCUAAUCGGGCAGCAAUGUCAACGAUCGAACAAGCCGUUCAGGUCGCGGAACAGACCAAGCAUGAUCUUCCGCUGUGGGCGGUUAUGCCUAUUGAGGUGCCAGCCCACCUUCAUGACACCUCGCAAGCGUGCAUUGACAUGUAUAUGCUAUCGAACGAUCACCAAAGUGGCGGCAUCAACGGAAUCGGAUGGUGGCAGUGGGCCAAUGGCUACACUGCAACCACCCUGAACGAUGCCAAUACACAUGAGCAUAGAAACUCUGCGAUGCUGAACAGCAACAUCAGGAAAUGCGAACAACAAUACUCCAACUUCAUCAACGAAUACAACGACGAUUCUCUCUGGUGGGCUCUGUUGUGCUUACACACGUUCAAUAUCACCGGAGACCAAUGGUUCCUCGCGAAAGCCAAGAUUGUAUGGCGGCAUCUCCGCGAUAGCAACAGCGUCUGUGGCAAAGGAGAGAAGGAGUGCUGCGGAAAAGACAUGGAAGGCGGCUGUUACUGGACGACCAGGCCUGGUGAAGGAUACAUCAACGCCAUCACGACCGGCCUAUAUGCGGAGCUUAGCGUUCGCCUCUACCUUGCGACGCAUGAGCCAAAGACUGGCGGGCGUCAUUCAGUAUUCAGCAAGCUAGGGCGAGUAAUCAAAGGCGACCAUGUGUCGCAAGCCGAUGAGUAUCUGCAAGCAGCCCGUUGUUCUCUGGAAUGGAUUGUACGCUGCGUAUACCGCUCGGACAACAGUCUCAUCAUGGACGGGAUCCACUCGGAGAAGAACGAACUGUCGACGGCGACUUUCACUUACAACACUGGCGUCGCCAUCGGUGCCUCAGCGCUCCUGUACCAAGCGACGUCGAAUGAGGACUAUCUCACCCUUGCCUGCCAUAUGGCACACUGUGCGAUGCGCAACAGAGACUGGAUCGAGGAGAAUGGCGUUCUGACCGAUUUGGGCCCGCAAGGGAGAAAUGGCCGGGAUCCGCGGAAGAACGACGACGGGGUAGGCUUCAAGGCUGUCCUCAUGCGUCAUCUCGGCACGCUGUUCAAGGUCAUUCAGGUGACUCAACCAGCCGACCCGCAGGCUCGAGAGACCGCUCAGCUGCUCAAGCAGUUCGUCAAUGUCAAUCUUGACAGUCAGCUUCGACGUAACACGAAUGGUAACUCGCAAUAUGGGCCUUGGUGGAAUGGCCCGUUCGAGUGUCCGACGAGCCAUAGCCAAAUGGCUGUGCUAGACGUCAUGGCUGCGGCAGUGUUGGUGAACGGUGGCUCGUGAGGGCUAGUUCGCUAAGCGCAACCAUGGGCCAGGCUGGAUCACAGCAAGAACCAGGUGCUUCCCAACGCCAUCCAAAGUGGACCAUUUUUCGAGACCGCC